GCCCCGAGCCGAGGCCAGCCGCCGCCCGCUCCGCCCCGCGCAAACCAUGAACUUUGGCCGGGGCCGCUCGGUGGUGUUGAACGUGGGGGGCACCCGCUACUCCUUCUCCCGCGAGGUGCUGAAGGACUUCCCGCUGCGGCGGGUGAGCCGGCUGCACGGCUGCCUCUCGGAGCAGGACGUGCUGGAGGUGUGCGACGACUACGACCGGGAGCGCAACGAGUUCUUCUUCGACCGCCACUCGGAGGCCUUCGGCUUCAUCCUGCUGUACGUGCGGCACGGCCACCUGCGCUUCGCGCCGCACAUGUGCGAGCUCUCCUUCUACAACGAGAUGAUCUACUGGGGGCUCGAGUGCUCGCACCUGGACUACUGCUGCCAGCGCCGCCUGGACGACCGCAUGUCCGACACCUACACCUUCUACUCCGCCGACGAGCCCCCGGCAGGCGACGGCGCCGAGGCCCCGCCUGCCGCCGAGGGCAGGAAGUGGCUGGAGAGGAUGAGGCGAACUUUCGAGGAGCCCACCUCGUCCGUGGCCGCCCAGAUCCUGGCCACGGUUUCCAUCCUCUUCGUCAUCGUGUCCAUGGUGGUGCUGUGCGCCAGCACCCUGCCCGAGUGGCGGGCGGCCGAGAACCGCAGCGUGGAGGAGCAGAGCAGGUACACAGCAGACUCAGUGAGGGAGCCCUCCGGGAUCAUUGAAGCUAUCUGCAUAGGCUGGUUCACUGCAGAGUGCAUUGUGAGGUUCAUCAUCUCCAAAAACAAGUGUGAGUUUGUCAAGAGACCCCUGAACAUCAUUGAUUUGCUGGCAAUCACUCCUUACUAUAUUUCUGUGCUAAUGACAGUUUUCACAGGGGAAAAUUCUCAGCUCCAAAGGGCUGGAGUCACUCUGAGAGUUCUUAGGAUGAUGAGGAUUUUUUGGGUGAUUAAACUUGCCCGUCACUUCAUUGGUCUUCAAACACUUGGUCUGACUCUGAAGCGUUGUUACAGAGAGAUGGUGAUGCUUCUUGUCUUUAUUUGUGUUGCCAUGGCAAUUUUUAGUGCACUUUCACAACUCCUUGAAAAUGGGCUGGACUUGGGAACAAAGAAUAAGGAUUUUUCCAGCAUCCCUGCUGCCUGUUGGUGGGUAAUAAUCUCGAUGACCACAGUUGGUUAUGGUGACAUGUGCCCCAUCACUGUACCUGGAAGGAUUCUUGGUGGAAUUUGUGUGGUUAGUGGGAUUGUUUUACUAGCAUUGCCUAUUACUUUCAUCUAUCAUAGCUUUGUGCAAUGUUAUCAUGAGGUCAAGUUCCGAUCUGCUAGGUACAGCAGAAGCCUCUCUGCUGAAUUCUUAAAUUAAUUAGUGCACCUGCUUUUUGUAAUAGUACUUGCUAAGCUUUGGUGGAAGAGGUGAUGGUUGCUCCCUGUGUACACCCAUCUUGCUGGAUGAUCUAAGGAACACCAUUGUUAUCAGCCUUGAAGGAUGUCAGUCACCAUUCUCAUCUAAAGGAUGACUAUCUGCUUUGGGCCCUAUGAUAGAGAGUGUGGGUGGGGAUGUCGAGAUCUGAGAGGAAGAAAAUAGUAGCUUAUAGAACAACAAUGGGACUGGAAAGUUCUCAAGACCUCAUGGGGGCUGGACUUCUCUCUGCCUAUCCAGACAACUACACACACAAAUCAUGGACUUGGUACCAGGAGAGAUGAAGAUCUGUGACUCAGUGGGAGUUGCAGAUACUCACCACUCCUCAUAGUGAUAUCCCAGAGCCUUCCAAGGAAAAUAUAACAGAUGUCAUUCAAAUAUUUUAAAAUCUAAAGGUCUCUUGGAGGAGUAGAGACCUUGUUGACAUGAAGCCUGCUCCAGAAGAGUUGAGGGCAUUGGAGCAGAAUUGCUGCUACUUUUUAACUCCUCCAAGUCGUGCAGCAGAUGGAAUAAUCUGAUCCUACGACUGAAGGAAGAGGAAAAAAAAAUAUAAAUACACAAGGCAGAGAGAGUUUCACAGCCCAGUUCUGAUCUCAGUUAAAGCGACAGUGAGGUCAAUGGACUUAGUUCAGAUUUUUAUUGGAGGAACCAAGAGGAGUGUAUGUGCCUCUCUAUGUUGUUUCUAUAUGCUUAAUCACAACUGCCAUUUCUCUGGGAGUAAGAUUUAUAGUAGCAACUAAUGUCAUACUUUAUAAAGAUCAGAGUAAAAUUCAGUUGUUGAUAAUAGGAUCAAUAUAUCAACUGCUAGCUCAGUGAGAGGCAGAUACCCAAAUUUGACUUGUGCUCAGCUAAAUUCCAUCAACGUGAAGACAUUUGCCUAUAAGCCUUGAUUUCCUGCCACCUCAUUUUAUUAACCAUCAUCACCUCAUAGUGAAAUAGUAUUCCAAGGAACAUGAUAUGAGUCUGUCACUUGAGAGGUUCAAAAACUUUCUAGACAAAUAUGGAAUUAAGAUGAAUGAAGUUAGGUUCUCAUGUUUCAUACACUACAUUUCUUGUGUAGUACUGCUUAGUAGCACUAUUAAAUAUGACUUUGAAAAGCUGCCAUGUGCUGUUAAACAUUCAAACAAAUUUAGGCACAGCUAAACUAGUACUAUUUACCAACCACCAUUAACAGGAAACAUUUUUACAAACCAGAAUCACCAGUCUAUUUGAAUUUGGUGUGCUUGCCUGAAAGUCAUUGUAAAAUGUUUACUGUGUUUGUAUUGUAGAAGCACCUCUGGAUGUUUUGUGUACAUUUGUCAGCUUAAGAAAUAGAGUGACUGGCACCUACCAACAGAAGUCUUUGGUACUGAUCACUCAGACUAAAAAUAUUAGCUGGGGUACAUAACUAGUACUUGAAGGCCAUAUGCUGAAAAAGAAAUAUGCUGCCAUUUUUGCUGCUCAAGACCUAAGAAAAGUUAUGGAUCAUGUUAAGUGGCAUGCUGUUGUUUUUAGGGGAAAGGGAUAUGUACUGAUAAAGCCACUCAAGGAGAGAAAGGAAAUUGUUUCACUACCGGAAGUUGUAAAGUAACCUGAAAGAAAAGUUGCUCGAUUGCAAUAGCCAUGAGUUUGCAUUUCCCAAAACUAGUUUUCUUAAAUUUCCUUUCCCUUUUUUCUGCAAUAGUUUCUUGAGUAUAUAUUAUUGUGUAGUGCCACAUCCACACCUUUGAAAUCUCUGUAUCUUGCAGAGAGGUGAAUAUUCCUCGGGAAGGGGGAGAAAUCAUUUUUGGGGAGAGAUUCUCAGCUGGUUUAAGCCGGCCAGCUUCCAGUAACUUCAGAGGAUCUAUACCAGUUGAAACCAGCUGAGAUUCUGCGCCUUAGCAUAUAUAAUAGAGCUGAUUAGAGAAAAAAAACCCCCACAAAAAUGAAAAUUAGUUUUUGAUAAAAGAAUCUGAAUUUGACUUUCAUUUUCCAGCCACUGAAGACUGAAACAUUUCAGCCGAAGUUAGUUUAUGUUUUGAUAAAAAAUUAAUGUUUUUUUUUUUAAAAAAAUGCUCUACAAAAAAAUUGGCUUUGACAAAAUGAAAAUUUUCCAAUUGUGUAAUACUGAAUUUCUAUUAUUUUCUUCUUCUACUAGUGUUGAAAAAGCUAGCACUACACAUUUAGAAACUCUUGGGUGAAAUUGGUUUCCAUGUAACUUUUUCAAGUCUUAUGUGCCUUUAAUCCACAGAUUAUAUUUAAACAGAUUAAUACCCUCUAUUUGAGAUGCAAAAUACCAUAUAUAAUUUGAACAAAGUGGGUAUAUCUCAUAGUUUUAAAGAUAUACAAUAUGAAAUAUACUUACAGUAAGUUGUAGUACUUAAUUCCAGAAAAAAAUUAAUUUGUAUUUUUAUCAGUAUAUAUAAGGUCAGUUUUUUAGCUUCAUGUGCAAAAAAGUAAAGUCAGUUAUAAAUUAAUGCACACAAUGACUUUCAAGUACUGAUUUGUAUUGUACAGGCAAUUGAAUACUAGACAUUCCAAAGACAAACUAGUUUCUAGAAUAGGUCUGACAUAAGAGUACAGAAAAUGUGCUAUUUUAUAAAGGGUUUCCAAAUGUAGAUUCUUAUAGAAUACAAAUAAUAAUAAUCACCUACUUAAGAUACUUAUGUGAAGGAAUGUAUGUUUAUGAAAAGUGGAGAUCAGCUUAAAUACAAACAUUUAGAUUGUUGUAGAUCAAUUUUUUUAUUGCAGAAUGUGAACAAAAAUGCCUCAUGUAUUUUAAAUUUGUAUUACAAUAGAAUAAUUUUGAAUAGCUAAGUGGAUAUAAAGUAAGAGUCUAGUCCAUAAAAACUUGCCCUAAAUAUAAGCUAGCUACGGAGAGAUAUUUGCUCUUUUCUUUAUUUUAGUGUAGCAUGGUUAUUAAUGUAUUGAUAAGAGGUUUCCUUUACUCUCUUUAGAAACCAAGUUAAAGUAGCCUUAUAUCAGAAGUAGCCUUAAAAGAGAGAGCCUUAUAGUGAAGGGAUAGGGUAUUCUGAUUUAUAGUGAUGCUUAUUGUCUUAUUUUCUAUAGAUUGAUUUUCCUAGUGAAACUUUCUAUACAUAAAUAUCCUAUAAAUAUUGAAUUAUACAUGUGUAUAAAGAUAAACAUUUCUUUAAACUGGUUAAGUUACUUCAUUAAAAUGCAGCUGAGCUUUCUUUUCAGUUUUAUACAAGCAUUUUGGUGUAGUGUUCUCUCCACCUAAUACAGCAUUUCAAAAACUAAGAGAGGAUAGUUGGCUAAUUCUGAACCACUCCCCCAACCUUCACACCAAAAUAAAAUUGUGUUCCUAUAUAUAAGGUGUACAGUAAAAUCUCUAGCGAUACGUUCUCAAAGAGUGUAAGACACAAACUCAUAUAUGUAUCAUGACAAUUUAAACAAAAAUAGGGAGAAAAUCUGAAUGCAGCAAAUCUAAAAAAACAAUUUGUCAUAAUGGUACACAAAGGCUUCUGUUCAUCCAAAAUGCAGCCAGUGUAAAUGAAUACCAAACUGGAAAUUCCACCACUUGACACCAAAGGCUAAUUGUCAAUUAGAUGUUGGCCUUACCCCCGUGGAGUGAUAGUGUCUGAGAGUGCUCUGCUCUCACUGAAAUCAAUAGGAGUGGCAAGUGCCCAGCAACUUGCAGAAUUGGGCCCAGAGUCUAUUUUUCUCUUACUGGCCUGCACAAAGAGACACUACCCCAAAGUUUCCAGUUACAGAAUAUUAGUUACUAUCUCUUUGGAUAUCUGGUUGCUUCACCUGGGAUACUCGAUGCCUCUAAAGACACACACAAGAGGAGGAAUGUAAUCUUUGGCCAUUUAUCCUAAAAAUCAGAUUAAGAAACCAUACAAAACACCACAGAGACAAGCAAUUGCAGUCAUGGUGCCCCUCUCCCAGGUGAGACCAGACCACACAAUGAUUGACUAUUUUCAAAAACUUUGUCUAGAUGGGUGCAGGUUGUCGGGCUUGAUUAUUAAUUUUGAGGUUAAAAAAUAUCCUUGUGUCAGAGGGGCAUGUUUUGAGCCUCAUGAACAUUGCAGAGAGCCUAGUGAAUAUGAAAAUCCUCUUAUGAGAUGCUUGGCCUGACUAACAUUUAUGUAAUGGAGGAGUGGUGGAUGGGAAUUUUCGUUGUGUAAACAAUCUGUGGCUGUACCACAGACUUCAGCUGAAACCUGCUGUAUCAGGGAUAGAACUGUUGGCUUUGUGAACCAGAGGCCUCUUCCACUUCAGUUAUCUUAAUUACAAACACCUUAACAGAUCUGAACUUCAGCCCAGGAGAGGGCAUAAAGCCCUGAACAUUCACACUAUACCAAUAAUUUCUUCUCACAUAAGAGGUCAGUGAUAAGCUUAUCAAUCAAGCUCUGGCUAUUUGAAAUUUGUAUUGUCUGUAUGCAAAGGCCCAGAUGCUUCAGUUUCAUUCAUCUAGGCACAGGGGUCUGUUCACAAGGAGACAGCUGUAGGAUCAUAGCCCAAGGCUGCGCAUAAUAAAAUAGAUUGAUCAUGUUGGUUUAGAGAGAGAGAGAGAUUUUGUUUUCAUGACUUGAAAGGGAAUCUGGCUCAAAGAAACAAAAGAUACUUUGUUUUUAAAUUAAUUUUCACAUUUAGAAAUGGAUGAUGUUUGUCUACAUUUUACUGGUUCUGUUCUCUCCCUGCUACAUAAAAAUAGCUCCUCUUUAUGUUAAUGGGAGUAAAGAGAGUAAUGAGAGCCCCAUUGAAGCUAUUGCGGUUUACACUAGCUGAGGAUCUGCCCCAGCAGGCAUGGAGGAGACAAUAAAUUGCUGUUCAUAUAAUUAAGCCUUGAAAACUACCUAAUAUAAUGUAUGGUUUAUGAAAUAAAAUUUGGAGUAAAGAAUCUCCUUUGUGGAUGGCAUCACGGGUUAAACUUCAAGAGGAAUAUAUUGUGCGAUUGAUAUGUAUGUUCAGUAAAAUUGUUCAUCUGCUCUGAAUCUAAAUGUUAAGGGCCAGAGAUUAAAUAUAAACUUUGAUCAAAUGAUUAAAGUGACAAUGUUGACUGCAGCUUUUUAGAAUCCUUUGUUCUCUGCAAAUUCAGUAAUUAAUAAUUUUUAUAGAACACUGAUUUUAUAUUGUUUGCAUAUGUGUAAAAAAAUUCUGUAUAACAUUUGACGAGUUAAUAAAUUUUUCUUUCCUUUACCACCUGUAUACAGUAUUACGUGCAUGUGAUCUCCAAAUAAAUCUACUGGAUUCACUAGCGUAUUUCACUGUGCGAGGCUUAAAAUAGAACA